UCCUCAGACAUCAUUUCCACCAUGCAGCCGUACUAGCAACAACAGCAACUUUAAUCAUCAUCCUCAUGAUGAUUCUCUAUUUCUCCACCAAACCCAAGCCAGUUUACCUCGUCAAUUUCGCCUGUUAUCAGCCGCCGGACUCGCUACGAGUGUCUCUGUCGAACUUCAUCGAGCACGUGGAAAGGAGUGGUUGUUUCACCCAAGAAAGCAAAGAAUUUCAAGAGAAGGUGUUACGAAGAUCAGGCAUCGGAAACGAGACAUUCCUGCCAGUUUCAGUGCAUGAAGUGUGUCCGACUCCUUCUAUCAAGGCAAGCAAAGCAGAGAUCGAACAAGUGCUUUUCCCUAUAGUGAAACAACUCCUCUCAAAUCGAAGAAACAACUUAACAACAAACCCUAGAGACAUUGACAUUCUUGUCACCAACUGCAGCCUCUUUUGCCCAACUCCCUCCAUUUCGUCCAUGGUCAUAAGCAAGUUCGGGUUCAGAAGCGAUAUCAGGUGCUUCAGUCUUAGUGGAAUGGGGUGUAGUGCUGGGAUUCUUGCAAUAAGUUUGGCUAAAGAUUUACUAAAAGUUCACAAGAACUCCAUAGCUUUGGUUCUAAGCAUGGAAGCUAUAUCUCCAAAUGGCUACCAAGGCCAAGUCAAGUCCAUGCUUUUGUCCAACAUUUUGUUCCGAAUGGGUGGCGCAGCCAUUCUUCUUUCAAACCGAAAAUUCGACAAGCCAACCGCUAAGUACGAGCUCCAACAUCUUGUCCGGACACAUACCGGAUCGGAUGAUAAUGCUUAUCAAUCUGUUUUUCAACAUUCGGAUGAUGAUGGCAAACAAGGGGUCUCUAUCUCAAGAUCACUUCUUCAUGUUGCAGCCAAAACGCUAACCAUCAAUGUGUCAAGAUUAGGCCCUUUAGUACUACCCUACUCCGAGCAGUUCCUGUAUGGAUUGUCCGCGGUGUUUCGGCGAGUGUGGCAGUCGUCGACGUCCUCAUCCUCAGGUAGGCUGUUGCUUUACGUGCCGAAUUUUAAGAGGGCUUUUGAGCAUUUUUGCAUACAUGCUGGAGGAAGGGCUGUGAUUGAUGCUCUUGAAGAUAGUUUAAAGCUGAAAAAGGAAGACGCUGAGGCUUCAAGAAUGACACUAUACAGAUUUGGUAACACUUCAUCUUCUUCUGUUUGGUAUGAGCUUUGCUAUUUGGAGGCAAAAGGAAGAGUGAAGAAAGGAGACCGUGUUUGGCAAAUUGCAUUUGGGAGUGGUUUCAAAUGCAAUAGUGCUGUUUGGAAGUGCAUAUCAGAUCUUGAUUCAAGUGAAGUAAACGCUUGGUCAGACCGAAUUAAUAUGUACCCUGUUGAUGUACCAAGCGUCUUAAUAUUUUGA